GUUUGCACAAAGCUCCCCAUUGAAGCGUGCAGCUCAGUAGGACAGGUGGUUGCACUUUGUGGCUCAGGGUCUGGGGCUCCACUCCAUCGACUAUCUCAGGAGGGACCAGAGUAUUAUUUUUUAAUACUAGCUGUGAAAAAUGAAAUGCGAGAUCAGAGCGGGUGGUCCUUCCACCAGUUCUGGAGAGGCUACAAAGGUGCAGUUGUGGAGAGUGGGAAUCUAUUAAUGGGCGAUUGGCUCGGAGAUCUCUGUUGUACAGCAUUCUCACUGUUUGCUUUUUUUUAUACUGUCAUUUAAUCAAGAGACUUUUUUCACUCGGUAAUGUGCUGCUACACAUGUGAGCCCUUCAAUUAUCUGACUUGGUGGGCUUCAAAUGGUAUCUGAAAUUCUGUUAAAAUAAACUGCUGAAAAAAAAUUGUUAUACUUUAAGAUCCUCAACAACAAAUGGCCUGCUUGUUUGACAAGCGAACUGCCAUACAUAUUUACAUUACUUUAAUUCCAAUAGAAAUAAAUGAAUGUAGUUGCCAUGGCAUCAAAAGCCUAUAAGUACCUCCACUGUUUGUUUUCAAACACACUUUCCCUUGAGGAAAGGUAUGUUAAACAUACUGAAACAUUGGGAAGUUGGCUCUUUGUUGAUGAUACAUUCAACACUCAUGGACAGUAUUAACGAACAUGGGUCUGUCGCUGAUAAAUUCAGUUUAGGGAUUCAAAUCAUAAAGGAGCUUAAAAUCAUAAAUAACUUGUUGUUAUUACAGCCUCAUUAUGUACAGUCGUGUUUACAUUAUAAAAAGAAAGUGUAAGUGGAAAUGGCAUGGCCUGUCUUGAUUUUGUUUCUUCUCUCUCACUCUCACAGCUCACCACCACCCUGCCCAAUCCCCAGCAGCUUGUAAUAUCUAGAAGAAAUUGCUAACUGAUGUACAGAAAAAGAAGAGCUUUUAGUGAAACUAGACAUCCAACAGCUGGCUGGGAAUGCUAAAAAGACAACCAGCUUCCAAAAUGUGAAGAAUUUCUCAUUGGCCUCACAUCGUCAGUGGAGCUCCUCCACAGAAGCAUAUUAGCAAAACCACAGAGCAAAGAGGGGAAUGGACGGGAGAGAGAGACCAAAGCAAUAAAAGCAAAACUAGAAAAGCGGACCACAGGACACCUACAGAACGGAGUUAACCCUUUGCAUGUCUGGUUUGAGUCAAGGAUACAUAGUAAAAUAGGAAAAGACAAAAAACCUAAAUACCUAUACAAAUGAACAAAUAAACACAACCUCUUUUCUUUAAUGUUUCUGUAUCUCAAGGGGGCAGUGGAGACAAAUCAACCAAGCAAAGUCUAUAAAGUAUAUUUGAUGCCACUUAAAAAUACAGGAUUUAUUGCUUUUGUAUAUAUAAAUUUAUAUAUUUAUUUUGCACUUGACAUUUAAUGGAAAUAGCAAUAAAACAUUCAAGUGGCUUUUCAGUUGACCCGUAUCUGAAGACAGAUCUCGAACAUCUCUUAGAAUAAUAUUUUUUUCAAGUCGCUUACUUUCUUUCGUCAGUUUAUCAAAGUGUUUUCCUUGAUGCCCUGCCAGCCACUCAGUGCCUAUUUUUGUGGAAACUUGUCCCUUCAAACUUUAAAUAAUAAAAUUUACUGUCUGACUCAUUUUAGCUCAUGUGAAACUUUAGUGCACUGCCCUGAACUUGUAGAAUAGACUGAAAUUCCUGAAAGCGACCUUACAUUAUACAGAAACACAGGAAGUUUUCAAAGUGCUUGACAUUUACUGGAGCUAGCUCAGUCUCCAGCUUUACUGUGAGUGCUACAGAAAAAUAAUCUACCCAAGAGACAUUCUAAUAGAGAGAAGAGACAGGUUUAUGAAAAUGGCAGCUACUGGAUUAAGGAAAAAGAAAUGAAGAAAAAUAUCCGCAGUUGAGGAUACAGUUUUUGAGGGAAUUAAGUGGAACAGAUGUAGCUUUUACUGGACCCACAAGGGAGCAGAUCAUUGUUGAGCAAUAUCUUUGGCCACUUUCCAAGGGAACUGGUACAAAGUGCAGUCUCGGGGUGCUUAGGGGAGGUCUUGUAAUUUCAAAAAGGACAAAGCUUGAUGAUCUGAAAGUAUUGCUUGCAUUUUACUGUUCUGGAUCAGCACAGAUCUUCAACAAGAGGACAGUAAAUACCUGCAAAUAAACCCCCUCUUGAAGGACGUGCCCUAUGAUGUGGAAGCUUGACUCUUUGGAGCAUCAGUCCAGAGCAGAGGGGUCUUCAGAACCUGGUCUCGCAUUAGGUGACAACAUCCAACCGUCUUUGAAUGCAGAGGCCAGCCCUUCUGGGAUUAAUACAGAGAUGAAAAAAACAGGCCAAGUCUUUGCUCAGCCCCAGACAUGGAGCUGGGCUGCGACGGACCAAAAUCAACAGGGAGACGUGAAGGAGGAAAAAAGAGCCCAGCAGCCAGUGAGGCGAGAAAUGAGUUGGGCAGGCCCCGAGCCAGGAGCUGAGCACUGGAACUCAAAGAGCCUCGGCCAAAGGAGGGAGAGGCCUGUCUGCCUUCUCUCAGAGUCGGAGCUGCCUCUGGAAGAGGAAUCGGGAGGAGCAGGCAGCACCCCAGACUGGGAGAGGUCAGGAGAGGAGUGGAGGGUGGUGAAAGUGAAGCCGGUGAUGAUCACCAGCGCCACGCCGCAGGCCAGGAAAACAAAUCUUUCCAGAAGCGCCAGCUUCUCAGAAAAAGAGCUGAAGGAAGCAAGAGACAGGAGUCAGAUAAUAGCUGCCCAGCUGACCACCCCGCCCAACGCCAACUCUAGAGGGGUGCAACUCUUCAACAGGCGCAAGCAGCGGGUGAACGCCUUCACCCUGGUCAGCUUUGGCAAAGGAGCCGGACAGGGGCCUCUUGACAAGGACUCCAAAACAUGUGAGGGAACGUUCACUGAUAAACAGAACCCAGACCCAAGCGGCAGCUGCACACCAAAGUCCCUGAAGUGCAGGUCCGUGUAUCCGAGACACAGGGAUACCGGAGACAAGAUCAUGGAGGAGCAAGUUGAGAACAUCCAUGAAGUGGACAUAGACGACAGUAGUUUAGAAAUUCCUGAGGUGCAGGUUAGGAACGGGCUGGCUGAAGAGCUGAGAUCUGAGGCUGUUGCAGUGUCUUCAGGAGCCCAGGAGCUGAAAGAAGAGCCUCCAAGUGAGGUUUUCAACUAUGAUAGGAAGGAUCAGCCAACCCACGGUCUUCUGGAAGCUGAGGAAAAUGGGCCAAGCUAUUUGGUCAUAACUGGCAAAGUCCAAAACAAAAUUCCAAGUGCAGAGAACAGUGGAGAAAUUUCAGUGUCCCUGAGUAAACAACCGCCCACUAUAGUCAACAGAACAGCAAGGCCGUUUGGGUCCCCUGCCUUGGUAAGCGUGCGAGAGACAAGAAGUCCUGUGUCUCCACCACCAACCUUUUCAACUCCCCCAAAGCCAGCCCUUCCAGCUCCUCAGACACCAUCAUUUCCAAAUCCUCCGCCAGUGUCCCGAGUCAUCUCUCCAUCACCUGCUCCUUAUGUGCCACUGUAUGCGGCAAGCACAGACCGAAGACUAGCCUAUGAGCCACGGUGUAGUAAUGAAGAGAGACAGCAUGUGCCCGUGCAGAAAUCUGGCAUACUGGAAGAAGGCAAGACACGGAGGGCGUCCAGGAAGUCUAUGUUCACGUUUCAAGAGAAGCCCAAGGUCAAUCCAAACCCUGAGUUGCUGUCCCUGGUGCAAGGUGUAGACGAGAAGAAAAAGCACAAACAGCCCGGGGAGCAGACACAAGACGAGGAGCUUCUAGCCCUAGGUGCUGAAGCAUCAAACUUCUUGACUAAAGCAAAUUCAGAGGACUCCAAGGCACCUGAAUGGUCAUCAUGCUUGAAAAGCUCUGGAUCAAGGGUUAUGUCUGAACCCAAGCCAGCUCAGGGGCUGACCAACGUUGCAGGGAAAGGGGCAGAGCUGUUUGCCAAACGGCAGUCCAGAAUGGAAAAGUAUGUGGUAGAAUCCCCACCAGUUAUAAGAGGCUCUCUGAGGUCCCCCUCCCCAACCAUGUCCCUACCUCCUUCUUGGACAUUUGCAUCUAACGUGCCAGGGCGGGUGAGAGCCAUGGCUGACUCUGCUAACAUCACUGCUAAUCCUUCCAGGAACGCCAAACAGCAACCAUCUGGUUCUUUUGCAGAUCAAGAAAGCCCAGUCAUGGAAAACGGAAGCUCCAAGAAAGAGAUGGCCAUUGCAAAGCACCAGCCUUAUCAGAUGAACUCCUCUCUCUUCAUCCUCUCCCCGAGCAAAGACCCCGUGAGAUCCUUACCCAGGGCUGCACCACCUCCCAAACCCACGGUCCUAGACAGAGCCUACACCAGGCAGAGCUCCCUACCUUUCUCCCCUCCUCCUGUAUCCCCACUGUUCGACAGUCCAACACCCUUCAGAGCCACCAAGUGCCUUUCCUCUCAGGUGCCACCAAGCCCAGUCAAUGGACUAGGAACGCAGUUCAGACCGAGCCUCGGAGCUCCUCUGGAGGUGGCUGAGGCUCCUCCAGCCUCCCCAGCUUCAUCUCUGCAGCCGGGCCGUGUCUCCUCACCACGCCCUGGCAUCCAGGCUCCGAGACCCACAUUCUGUGCCAAGAAGGCAGGGAUCGAACCCCAGGCCCGGAAGGAGUCCCUCUCAGUCAGUAGUACCUGGACCCCCCGUCAGUCUAGACCCCCGAGCAGCCCGGACAGAGGUACAGGUGUGUCGAAGGCACAGCCAGCUGCUGAAGUCCCUGUGUCCUCCCCACAGGCCUGCUAUCCAUCGUCAGGCUCGUCUCCUCUCUCCCCUCCAUGGGAUCAGCGGAGCCAGUCCUCCAUCGGCCAGGACAUCAAGGCCAGUCGGCGCAUGCUAGCCAAGAACAUCAUCAACGCUGCCAGGAGGAAGAACACCACGUCACCUGGGGGAUUGGACGGGCGAGGGGCAUCCACGUCUCCUACGAGCGUCUCCUUCUUACACCAUGGACAGCAGCCCCCCAGCCCCUUGUCCUUUCAAGCCAGGACUUUGGUAAACCAGUCUCCAACAUUCUGGAGUCCCCCGGAGACCCCAACCAGGAUGAUCAGGUCGCCCGUACGCUUGUACGCCACCCGGUCGCUGACGGAUUCAGAUGCCUCGGGGGAUUCCGAAGACUCCGGGUUGAGAUCCCCCAGCUCCGGCCUGAAGUCCCCGGGUGCCCGGAGCUACAACACCUGCCCCCGAGGCUGGAAUGGAGGCGUGAGGCUAAAGAGGGACGGCAUCUCUGCAGAGCUGUGAAGAGCUCUAUUGCGACUCCUACAGGACAGGCCUAGAUGUCACUGCUGGGAAGUGCUUUCAUUGGCUGAAACAAAACGGCUUCACUAGGAAGCAUUCCAUUGACCAAAACAAAGAUGGCACCAAUAGAUUGCACUCUGUUGAACUAAAUAAACACAGCAUUCCUGAGGAAAUUUCCAGCGACCAAAGAUAACCGUGUUUUCUCAACAAGUAGAAUUUGUUAGUCCCAGAGUCCUAAAGAUGUAUUGGAAUUUGGAAAUGUGUUACUUUUUCCCCAGCUAUUAUUCCUCUUUGUUUUUGUUUUGUUUUGUUUUGUUUUGUUUUGUCUUUUUAGCCAGUAAAACAGUUUUCACCAGUAGAGGAAAGACACCGAAAGGAUUUAAUUAUAUAAUCCAGGAAGAUAAUGUUGAAAACUUAUCUAUAUGCCCCAAUUUAGCACUUUGCUGAUAAAUCUGGAGCUGAAUGAUUUUGCAAGAGCUAGAAGGACAAAGCUCAAUGCUCACAGAAAUAGAUGGGCUGUCCUAUGAUGCUGGAUAUCGCAGUCAGACAGUCAGUGUCCACUCUGGAAGACACAAGACAGGCUGCAAUCAGUCAGACAUUUGGAUCCUGUUUUUGGAGAACAUAAUUGCACUUUGAUGUUUUGCUCGUUUAUUUUUAGUGGCUCUUUAGACCUCAAAGUGGAGUUAAUGAUAACUGAACUGAAUCACUUACCAAAUGAGACGUGGGAAUUCGGUUGUUUUAAGAAAAAUGCAUAGCCAGUGUUCAGCUGUCGCAAACAACACGUUUGAUCUUAGAGGCUGAAGACGAAGCAAUACUUACCAUGUGACAUUCCUGUAUAUAUUCUGUGUCAAGUGAGAGGGAUUUUUAUAGCAGAUUGAAAGUCUGGAAUCAGGCUGUUUGUAAACUGGAGUCAACCUUAAGUGAAGUGAAUAUUAUAUUAGUGUUUUGAUUAGCAAAAGGUCAGCGAUUAUAAACUAGACCCUCAAAGAGGCAGAGAGGAGGUUGUGAUGUCACAAAGGACUGCUCAAGAAGAGACAGACUAGAGGAGGCUGUGAUGUCACAAAGGACUGCUCAAGAAGAGGCAGAGACUAGAGGAGGCUGUGACGUCACAAAGGACUGCUCAAGAAGAGGCAGAGAUUGGAGGAGAUUGUGAUGUCACAAAGGACUGCUCAAGAAGAGGCAGAGACUAGAGGAGGUGAUGUCACAAAGGACUGCUCAAGAAGUUCACAUGAGUUCUGGUUCAUAUGUUAUGCAGUAGAACUGCUUUUAUACACAGCAGAUCUUGUUGAGAAAUAGUUUCAAUAGACCAACUCAAUGUCAGGUUUGGAUGGUAUCAUUUAACUACGGUCUGGAUAGGAUAACAAUAAAACCAGGCAGUUAUCGACAGGCAGUUGCCUUAACAUCAGACAUUACACAUAUAUAUAUUUUUAUCUACAUAAAUGUAUCAUGAUUCUAACCAUUAUUAUUCACUUUAGCUUCUGCAAACACAUUUCAUUUCAGUUUUACAAAAUAGAUAUUUGAAAUUGCAAUGUUCCUGAAACAAAAGACCUACAUUACAAAAUGACAUUUCUAAUUUUAAAAUACUGUUUUUGUUUGUCCUUAAACAUGUAUUUGUUUAAUAUUUGCAACAAGUCCCUUUCUCUGGACCUUAUUAGAAGCUUAAUUGGUCCAACAACAAAAACCAAGAGGGACACCGGCCCUCCAUGACCUGAAUUGUGCACCACUGAUUUAGAGUCAUUUAGGCCAAUAAAGGGAUAUUGCAAUUAUCAUAAAAUACAGUAAAAGUAUAAAAUAUAUAGUAUGUGUAUUCUCGCUUGCUGGUAUCAGAUAAUGUAUACAUUUCUUAGUUAUUAGGUUCAACAUGACAAAGGGUUCUGUCAGAAUAUGACAUCAUCACAGUGCUCUGCAACUCCUGUACCCUGUAUCCUGUGAGCUCCUGAAUCUGCAGAGACUCAUGUGUAACAUGUCAUUUUACAUGUAUUAAUGGGAUUAUAUUAAACAGUGUGCCAAGUAUCAGCACUUCAAACUUA